AGUGAGGAGACAGCAUCCGGGAGAGGUGGAGGGAGAAGCGGCAAGCUGCGUGAGUGGAGGGGGAAGACACGAGUCGCUGCUUCAGCUGAGGAGGGGCUCCUCCUACCCCGAGACAGUGCUCGUGCCGAGGGAGAUCAGCUGUGCAGCGGAGGAGUACUCCUGUUGGAGGGGCUGCUUGCCAAGCUCAGUUCCGCCCAUGCCUUCUCCAAUCUGCAGGUGGAAAUGCUGUACCAGCGUUACUUUCUACGUACUAACCAAAGUCACCUGACACACCUGUUGGGUCUCUUGGCAGCGCUUGCUUCGCUUCUUGGGGGUUGGCAGCUGGUGGGGGGGCUGUCACCCACUUCACAGUCACCUGCCUCCCUUCUCGCGAACGCACCCCUCCUAGCUGCCAUCGCAUGUCUCAUCACAUAUUCCG